UUUCAAUCGCAAUGGCCACUUUGACAACGGCGCUGUUGCCAGCAAGAGUAGACAUAAUGUCGAUGACCAACAGAUCAGAAGGUCUUUUUAGGAAAACAACCUCCGACAACUUCUUUCAAAUGAGCAAUCUAAUUAUACGUAAAGGAUCCAAAGAUCAGUUUGUCAAGUCUUUGAAGAACAACGUUAUAGAGUGGGGUGGUUGUCUCACACCAGAGCAAUAUUAUGAACGAGAACAUAUUCUUAUGGAAACAGCAUACGCUCAAAAGGCCCACGGCUUUUUGGUAUUGGUGCCUGAAAACGAUCCCUUGACAGAUGAUAUUUUGGCCCACUGUGAAGUUUACGAACAUCCAGCAUUGGUGUCUACUACUGCCGGGGAGGCGCAGCAAGCGAAAUGUAUGGGCAUCGGUUCUGUGUUCUGCCCUGUUGAGCAUAGAGGCCAUGGCUACGCUAGCCAAAUGCUAAAGCUCCUUCAUCAAGAAUUCGAAAAAGAUCCAACAGUGAGAGCCUCCAAUCUGUAUUCAGAUAUUGGCUCAGUCUUUUAUGACCGUCUUGGCUGGAAAACCAUGCCUAGCAAGGAAAUUUUCAUCGCGGCAGAGCCGCCGCUAGCUGUGCCCGAUAACGUCAAGGCUAUCACCUCAUAUGAAGAAAUCCAAGUAUUGACUGCAAAAGAUGUAGAGCUGCUCCAUAAAGAGAUGAAAGAUUUGAAGUCUACCGCCGUCUGUAUCUUACCGACUGCGGAAAAAACUGCUUGGCUCCAAUUACGAUCCAACUAUUACUUCGAAAAGCUGACACCUUGGACCAUUGACACUCUUGGAGCUUACAUACCAGGAACCGACAAUUAUGCUACAUUUUUCUAUCAUUUCGAAAGAAAGUGUAUCUAUUUCUUGCGCAUGCGCAGUGACAGUGAGGAGACCACCAAAGCCUUUUUGGCAGUGGCCCAACGAGAAGCUCUUCGCUUCCAGUUUGUAAAGAUUGCUAUUUGGGAUAUCCCAACACUCAAAGACAACGAUAUCAAUCAAAGUGUCAAUGAAAUGCGGACAGAGAGCAUUUCCGCUCUGGCUACCUUCGACGUUCCAACUGAAGUCACUUGGCUUCUUAAUGAAAAAUUUGCCUGGAUUUAGACAUUGGAAGGACCAACGAUAUGUUGACGGUUUUUGCUGCGUAUAUAAGACAGCAUACGACCUAGAUGUCAAUUGCCAAUAUAAUGAACGACAUCAUACGCUUGAUAUCAAAUAAUUGAAAGCCCCCAUAAUAAACCGUUCUUUCAUCUGACCUGCUAAGUAGAGCAAAAACGAUUGGAUGAUAUGACAUAAAGUGG